UCAACCCCACGUCUCUUUGCUCCGCUUUCGCUCUGCUCUUUCAUUCCCAUUGUCUCUGCUCUGAGAUCUCGAUCCCUCUCUUCUCGAUGUCGACGCCGGCGACCAGAGACGCCGUGGAGGAGGUCGUCGAUGAGGAGGAGUCGAUGGAGCACACCCUCCUCGUCGUUCGCGAGGUUACUGUCUACAAGAUUCCCCCACGCAGCACCAGUGGCGGAUACAAGUGCGGCGAGUGGCUCCAGUCCGACCGGAUCUGGACUGGACGUCUCCGCGUCGUCUCCCGCCGCGACCGCUGCGAGAUCCGCCUCGAGGACCCCUCGUCCGGUGAACUCUUCGCCGCAUGCUUUGUCCUCCCUGGAAACCGCGACGCCGCUGUUGAGCCUGCGCUCGAUUCCUCCCGUUACUUUGUCCUCCGCAUAGAGGACGGCCGUGGCAAGCACGCGUUCAUCGGGCUUGGCUUCAAUGAGCGGAACGAAGCCUUUGACUUCAAUGUUGCCCUCUCCGAUCAUGAGAAGCAUGUCCGCAGGGAGCUUGAUAAGGAUGCUGCCGCUGGGGACCUUGCUGCUGAAGAGACUCAUAUCGAUAUUCACCCCGCCGUCAAUCACCGGCUGAAGGAAGGAGAAACUAUCCGGAUUAAUGUUAAGAACAAACCAUCUAGUGGAACCGGUAUGCUUUCUGCUGCAGGCUUAUCUGGUGGAACCAUAAGCUCAGACAAGGCAAACAAGUUCCUUGCACCCCCUCCCAGUGGAGGAGGUAAGAUCAGGUCUCCACUCCCACCACCACCUAAUGAUCCUGCUGUGAAAAGAAUGACAUCAAGUCCUGGAGUUGGGCUAAAAGAUGUGAAAGAAGCUGUGAGAAGGAAUGCUGAUCCUUUAUCAGAUCUUUCCCCUCUUGAGAGAACUCUUCCUUCUUCAACUGGGUCUGGAUCAAAAACAAGCACAGCAGCAGGGUGGGCAGCAUUCUGAGUUUUGGGAAGUGUUCACUAUUCAAAUCUGGUUCUAAUGAGGGAAACACAAAACGCAAAACAAAUCAAAAUUGGAUAAAAACACUUGGUUAUUUUUAUACUUUAUGAAACAGGCGGGUUAUGGUGUUAUGCCCCAUCACAAUGUCGUCGUUUCUUUUUAAUACUCGGUGACUCAGAUAAUCUUUACCGUAUUUUAAUGCAUAUUCCCUCUUGAGUUACUGUAUCA